CGCCGCGCCGCCGGGGUCGCGUCUUCCCGGCCGGGCGCUCGGAGCGCGCGGCGCCCCCCGCCGCUUCGGCUCUACCCGGGGGCGCUGCCCGCUGGCUAGAGGCUCACAUUCCCCUUUCUCCUGCUCUUAUUUUGCUCCAAGGAUGAAACAUGUCUGAGGACUCUCAGAGAAACUUUCGUUCAGUGUAUUAUGAGAAAGUGGGAUUUCGUGGAGUGGAAGAAAAGAAAUCAUUAGAAAUUCUCCUAAAAGAUGACCGUCUGGAUAUUGAGAAACUCUGCACGUUUAGUCAGAGAUUCCCUCUCCCGUCCAUGUACCGUGCAUUGGUAUGGAAGGUGCUUCUAGGGAUCCUCCCUCCUCACCACGAGUCCCAUGCCCAGGUGAUGCUUUAUCGCAAGGAACAGUACUCGGAUGUCCUUCACGCCCUCAAAGUGAUCCGCUUUGUCAGUGAUGCCACGCCUCAGGUCGAAACCUAUCUCCGCAUGUAUCAGCUGGAGUUGGGGAAGUUGCCUCGAAGUCCCUCCUAUCCACUGGAGUCGGAAGAUGAAGUAUUUCUUGCCAUUGCUAAAGCCAUGGAAGAGAUGGUGGAGGACAGCGUGGACUGUUACUGGAUCACCCGCUGCUUCGUGAACCAGUUAAAUAACAAGUUCCGGGAGGCUUUGCCCCAGCUGCCAAAGGCAUUUGAACAAUACUUGAAUCUGGAAGACAGCAGGCUGCUGAGUCACCUGAAGACGUGUUCCGCCGUGUCCAGGCUUCCCUACGAUCUCUGGUUCAAGAGGUGCUUUGCGGGGUGCUUACCUGACUCCAGUUUACAGAGGGUUUGGGAUAAAGUCGUGAGUGGAUCCUGUAAGAUUCUAGUUUUCGUAGCUGUGGAAAUUUUAUUAACCUUUAAAAUAAAAGUGAUGGCACUGAACAAUGCAGAGAAGAUAAAAAGAUUUCUGGAAAAUAUUCCCCAGGACAGCUCGGAUGCCAUCGUGAGCAAGGCCAUCGACCUGUGGCACAAGCACUGCGGGACCCCGGUCCAUUCCGCGUGAAGCCCCCCACGGCCAGGGGUGGUCGGUCACGCCUGCCCUGACCGCCUUGUUUGUUCUCGGGACACGCCGUGCUAACCUGACUGAAAGGAGGAGAUUUUGGGGAUUUGCUUUGGUGCUCAGAGAGAGAAAGAGAGAGAGAGAGAGAGAGAGAGUGUGCGUGUGUGUGUGUGUUUCCCUCUUUUUAUUCCUUCUCCAGUAAAAUUAUUUAAUUCAGA